AAUGUUAAUGUAACUUAUUAUAUAACGUUCAAAUUCAAGCCUACAUUUCGUCGUUUUUUUUUUUUUUUUUCUUUUCUUGUAGUUUUCGUAAAUGGAAGAUUCUGCAAAGAUCCAAAACUAGUAACAUCCAAUGAUUUCUUUGCUUCUGGACUUAACAUCCCGGGAAACACCAGCAACCGCCUUGGCUUCUUUGUCAACCCCGCAAAUAUCCCUGGUUUCAACACUCUUGGGGUCGCCAUCGCCCGCAUUGACUUUGCCCCUGGUGGUCAAAUCCCACCGCACAUACAUCCACGCGCCUCCGAGAUCCUCCUAGUCAUCAAGGGCAAGCUCCUAGUCGGUUUUGUGUCGUCGAACGAGUACAACUACACACUUUUCUCCAAAAUUCUUUAUCCGGGAGAUGUAUUUGUUUUCCCCAUCGGAUUGGUACAAUUUCAUGCAAACAUAGGGAAGAAAAAUGCGAUUGCGAUUGGGGCGGUUGGGAGCCAAAAUCCUGGUUUCAUCUCGGUAGGUGAUGCAGUUUUCGGGUCGAGGCCUUCGAUUGAUCCAAAGAUUUUGUCUAAAGCUUUUGCGUUGGAUAUCAACAUAGUGAGAUAUCUUCGGACAGUACUGUUUUCUCCUCAAGAUGAUAUCGUUGAAUAA